AUGUUCCGAAGUGCGAGCCCAUAUACGUACCUGUUAUUACGAUGUAGGUGAACGUCUACGUCUUCACGUGUAAAGUUAUUCGUUAUGUAUUACUCGGCGAGUAUUGGAGUUUUGUGUUCAGUGCUGAUCAUCGUGUCACUUCGUGCGGUGAAGUCGGAAGUUACGUUGGAAAAGAACGCUUAUAAAGACGUCGUCGUCACAGUGGCCGGCGAUGUUCAACCAACGGACGUUGGAGAGUUCUUCAAUCGCCUCGAGGCGCUUUUGAGAAGCGCAUCGAAGGCACUCUUCAAGGCAACGAACGGGCUGUGGUACUUUGGAGAGUUCAGGAUUGUGGUACCUCCGGGAUUCCAAACACCGCCGAGCCUGUUGCUUCGAAACGCUACCUGGGAACUAUUCACCGAUGCCGACGUCGUCGUGAACAACGGUACGGGCACCGACGCUCGUCAAAGCGGAGGCUGCGGGAGACCCGGUGGAUACGUUGUCCUUCCAGAGGACGACGUCUUCUCUACGGACAUUGAGGCUGCGGCUCGAAGUCUAAUUCGACGAUGGGUGCAAGUUCGAUACGGGGUCUUCGAGGAGACCGCCACGGCUCUAAGUCCCCAGUGGUGCUACAAGGACGGCCACGUGUGGAAGCCAACGGGAUGUUACUCAACGAACGCAACUAUAAGACGUUUGGACUCAGCUGGUGAUGGUGUGCAAUGCACGGAAGAGGACGUCAGCAUCGAGAAUAUCUUUCAGAACGGGGUUGGACCAGCGUCUUCUCUAUUGUUCACCAGCACAUCACGUGAGGUGGAGCUCUUGUGCGACAGCUCUGGCGACCAUCUGCACAUGCCAUUGGCGCCAACGAAGCACAAUCUGAUCUGCGACGGUCAAAGCGCGUGGGACGUCAUCCGGACGUCCGAGGACUACAAGAUGACACAGUUCGUAAGCCACUAUACUAUCCCACCACUAUGAGAGCACUAACCCCU